CUCCUGGAUGGAGUUGUUCGAACUGACGUGGUAGUACUACGUCGUCGCGGCCUUGCGGGUGUGGAGCUUCCCCUUCACCACCCCUGCCGACGUAUGGUAGGGAUGUACACGCACUCCCCCCGGGUGGUGGGCGGCGGCGGAGACGGAGGCAGAAGCGGCGGCGGCGGCGGCGGCGCGAGGACGGUGGCGGCGCUCCAUCCGAAGCUUCUAGAAUACUAGUACUACUUUAGUGGAGGCUUUGGGGAUUGGAUAUCCGAGGCCGUCGAUGACGUGGAGUGCGCCACAAGAAGCAGCCGUGGCAUGGGCCCCACCUGUCGGUGACUGCGUGGGUCCCACCUGUCGGUGACGCGAAAAGCCCGCUUAUAAAUUUACGACUUCACCCCCCCCGACCUCUCUCUCCCUCCCUUUCCCUCCAUCCGCAACGGCUACCAAAGCCAGAGCCCAGAAGCCACGAACGAAAUCCCCUUUCCGCUCGAAUCCCCCCGCCGCAGCGGCGGAUCGGGGAAGCCACGGCUCCUUCUCCGGCCGGCCGUCGCCUCGCCCGGAUCCCCUCCGCCGGCCGGAAGCCACGGCUCCUCUCCCGGCUUCGCAGCCCCUCCCUCCGCCUCCGCCUCCGGUGACCGCCCGGUGAUCGAUCGGGGACUACUCCAUCAACUCGACGCGCUUCGCCUUCCUCGCCGUCGAAGCGGAGAUGGAGCCGAUCAAUAUCACCUCGGUUCGCGAGUUGGAGGAGGCUAUAGGCAAGUACGGCGCCGGGGAGAGCGUACGGGUCACCAUCAACGUGGCCAACGUUUUCGAGGCCGAUGAGCUGCUUCGGCUCAUCGGCGAUCGGGAGCUCGAGGUUCGUUGGGAGCUGAGUCCCGGGGGCAUGGAUAUGCUGAGAUCCGCGGCGGACUACUACCUCAAUCUCGACCUCCUCUACGAGUUCAUGGACCUUAUGCGGCUGGAUCUGCGCGACGGCGUCCCUGUCAAGAAAUCGUUGUUCGAUUGGAUCCGGACCGCCUCCACGGAUGUGCUUACUUCUUCUCACCCAUCGUCGACUCGUCGCAUCCUGGAACAAAUCACGCUGGAGGCACAGCUAAUCGGGCGAGUGGCCAAGGGAUUGGGCUUCGGGGCGGAUGACGUGCAGCAGUAUCUCAUCACCCCGCACGAAAUGUCAUGGUAUCUGGAAGAGGAUGCAGUUGCGGUAAGAAAGAGGAGAGCAAGUUUGAGUUCGGGUGAUGCCGCCACGAGUGAUGUUGCUGCGGGAGCGAGUGAUCCUGUGGAGUUGCUCAAAAACCACAAGCAGAGGCUGCUGGACAAGGUUGCGCAUCUGCAACAGGUGAUAUCUUCAUCGAAAUCUGCCCCUUACAUCUCACAGUUAGAGCAGUAGAAAUCACAAGAACUAGAAUGCAUUUCAAAGAGUCUCACAUGGCAUGGUACGCAUAGGCCAUUAGAAGUAGAGCUCUGAGUACACCAGGAUCAGGAUGCACUUGCAAGACUUCCACAUGACACAGCAGAAAUCAACUAGUAGUACGGCUUUACUUCAGUGUGGAGUUGCAGUUUUUCGUUUGACUUGACUAUUGUAAACAGCUGGUUUAUGUCAACAAAUAAGACCACCAGUUUCUGGUUUUACUUGCAGAAGAAAGUAUUGUGCACUGAUACCAUCAA